AUGGCUGAUCAAUUAACUGAAGAGCAGAUAGCUGAAUUUAAAGAAGCUUUUUCUCUAUUUGACAAAGAUGGAGAUGGAACAAUUACCACUAAAGAAUUGGGUACAGUUAUGCGUAGUCUUGGUCAAAAUCCAACAGAAGCUGAAUUACAAGAUAUGAUUAAUGAAGUUGAUGCUGAUGGUAAUGGCACAAUUGAUUUUCCGGAAUUUUUAACAAUGAUGGCACGUAAAAUGAAAGAUACAGAUUCAGAAGAAGAAAUUCGCGAAGCAUUCCGCGUGUUUGAUAAAGAUGGAAAUGGAUUUAUAUCAGCUGCUGAACUUCGUCAUGUUAUGACUAAUUUGGGUGAAAAACUCACUGAUGAAGAAGUCGAUGAAAUGAUUCGAGAAGCAGAUAUUGAUGGAGAAUUCGUAACAAUGAUGACGUCGAAAUAA